AUGCUGGCGCUCGACCUGGCGCCGGCGAGCCUCGACGCCGUCGUCGGCAUGUACUCGGUCAUCCACCUGCCGCGAGCCGAGCAGGUGCAGAUGCUGGGCCAUAUAGCAGCGUGGCUCAAGCCCGGCGGCUGGCUGCUCGUCAACUUUGGCACGAUCGCGGCCGACGGCCUGCAGACGGACGACUGGCUCGGCGAGGGCGCCGGCUGGAUGUACUGGAGCGGCUGGGGCCGCGAGGGGUCGCUGGAGAAGGUGAGGGAGGCCGGGUUCGAGGUUGUCGUGGAGGAGACGACAGAGGACGCUGAGGAUGCCGAUUUUCUGUGGGUUCUGGCCCAGAAGCGCGAGCCCUGA